CUCCCUCGAGACGGAGUGACUUGGGUUUUUGUUUGCCCUUUCUGGUUCAGCAAAUACCCUUCCUCGGCAAGAUGCCGGAGUGCUGGGAUGGGGAACAUGACAUCGAGACGCCUUAUGGCCUUCUGCAUGUGGUGAUCCGGGGCUCUCCCAAAGGGAACCGUCCAGCCAUCCUCACCUAUCAUGACGUGGGUCUCAACCACAAGCUGUGCUUCAACACCUUCUUCAACUUUGAGGACAUGCAGGAGAUCACCAAACACUUUGUGGUGUGCCAUGUGGAUGCCCCCGGGCAGCAGGUGGGAGCGUCACAGUUCCCUCAGGGGUACCAGUUCCCCUCCAUGGAGCAGCUGGCUGCCAUGCUCCCGAGUGUGGUACAGCACUUCGGGUUCAAGUACGUGAUUGGUAUUGGAGUGGGAGCCGGAGCCUACGUGUUGGCCAAGUUUGCACUCAUCUUCCCUGACUUGGUGGAGGGGCUGGUGUUGAUGAACAUUGACCCCAACGGCAAAGGCUGGAUUGACUGGGCCGCCACCAAGCUCUCUGGCUUGACCAGCACUUUACCAGAUACUGUGCUCUCCCAUCUCUUCAGCCAGGAGGAGCUGGUGAACAACACGGAGCUGGUGCAGAGCUACCGGCAGCAGAUCUCAAACGUGGUGAACCAGGCCAACCUGCAGCUCUUCUGGAACAUGUACAACAGCCGCAGAGACCUUGACAUUAACCGGCCUGGGACGGUGCCCAAUGCUAAGACACUCCGCUGCCCGGUGAUGCUGGUAGUCGGAGACAAUGCGCCUGCUGAGGAUGGGGUGGUUGAGUGUAACUCCAAACUGGACCCAACCACUACGACCUUCCUGAAGAUGGCAGAUUCUGGCGGUCUUCCUCAGGUGACACAGCCAGGGAAGCUGACUGAGGCCUUUAAAUACUUCCUGCAAGGCAUGGGCUACAUGCCCUCAGCCAGCAUGACCCGCCUUGCGCGCUCACGUACCGCAUCCCUCACCAGUGCCAGUUCUGUGGAUGGCGGCCGCCCUCAGCCCUGUGCCCACUCAGACAGCAGUGAGGGGAUGGGCCAGGUCAACCACACCAUGGAGGUGUCCUGCUGAAGCCCUCAUCCUGCCCAAGAUGCCCGCUUACCUGCCCCCAGGUCCCACUGCCGUCUCCGCACAGGCUCAUCUACCCUUUAGUUUAUUUUUGUGAGAGUGAAGGGAAGGAAAUGGGGUUACUUCUCUUUUAUUUAAAAAAAAAAUGAGGGGAUCCACCUUAGGACAGCACAGCACAACAGUCUUAGAUGGUGUGAGGGGCUCACCUUAGACACUCCAUCUCACUCAAUGUGGUCACUGGUUGGUACGGCCCCUCUCUGCCCAGCUGGGGUGGCCAGGGUAGAGGAUACAGUACCGAAGAAAGCACAGCCCACCCCGGGAGCUAGCAGACGUGGGGUUUGAAGAUGGUGGGUGGAAGCCACAGCAGUGGAGAGCCUUGGACCUCAGAGUUACCUUUCCUGUAACCCUUACAUAAAGCACACCUAUUCUGAUAAUAGAGGUGACGGUCGUGAGGAUGGUAGCCACAAGGGGGCGCUCUAGACAGCCAUUUUCCUGGUGCUCUCUGGGCAGGCUGGUGAUGUAAGGCCAGCCAGGCUGAAGAAUAUGGAGAACCCUGACAUGGGGGCAGGAACCCCCAUACUCUGCCACCAUGGGGCCAUGUGCCACCCUGAGGGAAAGGUCACCUGGUCUCUUACCCCUGUUGGCUGAGGUAGAAUGUUGAUUGCUUUGUAUGCUGUGUGUAGUCCCUGAGAAAGUCACUAUUACCCCUCCGGGAGCUGGCAGGUACUGUAGGUCUGUCCCUCUUGUCCCAGAUUUCACCAAGUGUUUGUCACAGUACCCUGGUCAACUUGGGCCAGUGUGUCACAGACAUUACUUGAGAAUUGAGCUUGUUAGAUCCAAGACAGAAAGAUACAAUGACCUCUGCUUGCUGGAGGGGCUGGAGAUUGCCUAGUCCUUGGGUGGGAGAUGGGCCAUCCUUGAGGUGAACAACCAUGUCUGCCAUCUCACCGAGUGGACUCUCACAGCCCAGAGUGAUGGUUUGAGCCUGGCGGUUGGUUUCACCCACUGUCAACCCUCCAGAGAGGAGAGAGCACUUAUGUGGGGAUAUGGGAGAGGGGGUGAUGUAUGUGGUGGUAUGUGGGUGUUCUGAGACAAGAGGAUACCGACAUCCAUGUAUCUGUGGCACAUGCUGCCCCUUUCUGUAACUGUAAGCCAUUUCUAGACUGCUCUGGAGUCCAAUGGAGUGUAUCCUAUCCCCGGUUUUGUUCACUCACGUGCUUCCGUGAAUACUGAAUGUGACUGUUUAAAGCUGGUAGAAUUAAUCCCUUACUGUAGAUAGCCCUUCAAGUACUGGACAUCUUUUUGCUGUGUUCUUAAGAUAUCUAUAAAUACCUAUACAUUAUAUAUAUAUAUAUAUAUGUAUGUAUGUAUGUAUAUCAGGUCCUCCUGUAUGUGGUUUUCCAUUGAUGGUUGUCUUCUCUUUGGUCAAUAUGAACUUUUAAUGGAGUUCAUUACUUUUCCUCUCUACAAAGAGCCUAAUUUUGUGUAUUCUGGUGGCUGAUAAGAGACUUUGCGAUUACAAAAUGUAAAACAAAAAUCCUUGAUAUAGAAAGUUAACUGUGCAGAAAAACCAAUAAAGAAAUUAAGUGUA